AUGCAUCAUAAAUACUUUAUUGUUGUGUUAAUAUUACUGGCUAUUGUCGAGAUUAAAAAUGCUGAAUUUGUAACACUUGCAAUUACAACAAUUAGUGUAAUAUCUAGUAUAGUAACAAUUUAUUUGGCUGCAGAACAACAAUUUUCACCAGAUGAGACAGCCAAUCGAGUGAAUGAUAACAUCUUUGAUCUCUCUCAGACAAUAGCAAACAGACUUGAUAAACUAAAUUCAGAGCUUAACAAUAUUGAAAUUUUUAUAAAAAAUUAUCUAGCAGCAAAAGAUUACUCAGAUCAGUAUGAACACGUACAUGAUUAUAUUGAUAGAAUUGAUUUUUUAUACAAGGAAAGUCAAAAAUGGGCAAGAUACUUGAAGGAAAAUAAAACAUGGGAUCUUGACAGUAAAAUUGAUCAAAUGAUAUCUCUUGAUCUUGAUUAUCCACAAGCAGUUUUAUUUCAAUUGGGCAGAUAUUUUUUUCAAAUAAGAAGAAGACCUAAACCAACUUUUUUACACAAAUUUUAUGAUGCAAUUUUACAGGAUACAAAUAGCACACUCUGUGAUCAGGAUGUAACCCCACACUAUCAAUUAUUUUCAUUUUAUAAAAAACUUAUUUAUACAGAAGUUAAAGGUUUUGCUGCAAUGGCAUUUUCAUAUUUAUGGAAAAAUGGUUCAACAUCUGAAAUGGAAGCAGUGCAAAGUAAAAGAAUAAAAAGUAUCAUUGAAUACACAAAAUUGUUUCAAGAAAAAAUGAAAUUUAGUAAAAAUUUUAUACGACGAUGUAAUGCAAAAGAGAAAGAAGAACUAAUAAUCAUAGGUAAUAAAACAUAUGCUUCUUUCAACAAUAUGUAUUACACAACUGUACUCGAUAUGUCAAACUUUAUGCUUUAUACUGAAAACCCAAAGCCUACUUUUCGAAUGUGUCAAUUACACAACGAGUGCACUGGUCAAAGUCAUAGUUAUGAUAAAAUAUGUCCUGGUUGGAUUUCGAAUUGUAAAGAAGUAUGGAGUAUCGACUAUUGUGAGCGAAAUGAAGAAGAUCAAACAAGUACCAAAAAUUACUAUUGGAUAAAAUACACAGAACUUGAUACAAGAAAGGAAAAGAUUUUAGGUGAUAAAAAUCAUCCUUGUAAAUCAACUCAAUUGUCAAAUGAAGUUCUAGGUGGUAGUCCAAUCUUUAAAAAAACCACUGAACAUUAUCCAGUUUAUUGUGAUUGCGUAGAUGAAAAUAUUCGCCGUCAGAGCAAAUCAAUUCGAGCUUUUAGUUUUUUAUGGGUAGCAACUGGUGCAAGAAUUGUUGCUCAAGAUCGUAUGAUUCAUAUUCAACUUCGAGAAGCUAGACUUUUGCCAAAUGGAGGAAUUGAUAAAGAAAGUGAAAGAUGGAUACCACUUCCAACAUUUAAGUAUCGUAAAAAUUUUCCCAAUGUAGCAAUUUAUGCAAAUGGAACGAAGUAUCAAUUGAAAGAAAAUAUUGAUUUUGGCCCAAUACAUAAUCAUCAUGAUAAAGAAAUUUGUUUACAAAAAAUAAUUUCCGAUGAAGAACUUUUAUUAACUGAUGUGAGAUUUGACUAUGAUUUUAACACUGCAGACUUUGGAAAACGUUUUAGACUUAAAGCAAAAUAUGUUGGUUUCAACUAUCGAAAUGGAACGAUUACUCAUAAAAUGGAAAGAAAAGGACCAUCAUGCAAAGAUCUACCUGAAUUGAUUUUAAAUAAUCCAGAUGAUCCACUCAAAUUUAAUACACAUCCACAUGAUUCCAAGGAAAAUCAAUUUAUUACUAUCAGAGCAUCAGACUUGAUUAAGGAUGCAUCACAAACAACUAUUCCAUUUUUUGAUCUUUUAGAAAUUGCACCUAAAACGAGCGUACCACUUAACGGGAUUGAAUUAUUUCAUAAAGGACAGAUUGAUGGUACAUCUGGUGGAUAUAUUUCUUUGAAAUUAUAUCCAUUAAAUUUGACUAUGUAUAUGAAUCCACCAAAAUUACUUCCUGACAUGUCAAAUCUAAAGAACAUAACGAUGCCAGAAUUUGAUCACAAAAAGAUUUUAGAGUUGUCAUCUGAUGAAACUUAUCUUUCAAAUAACUUAUAA